AUGCAUUUCCAGGUAAGUUUCGGAUCGACUCGUAAUGUCCGCGUGUGCGCCAUGUCAGCAGCCAACCCGUUCCAGGUUGGCACAUGUCUGGAUGACGGAGCGGGCGGCUACAACUGCCUGUGUCCUGCGGGGUUCGUGGCGGAUGAACGACCCGAUGAAACCCCCGUCUGCGUGCCAGAAUUGAACCGGCUCAAGGCAUGCGUUGAGAGCAUGGGUGCUCAAGGCAUGUGUGAUAGCAUGGGUGCUCAAGGCAUGUGUGAGAGCAUGGUUGCUCAAGGCAUGUGUGAGAGCAUGGGUGCUCAUGGCAUGGAUCAACCUCAUCGUGGGAGAGCAGAUGCUGCUAGGCCAACAGCAAACAGCUCCUUCCACUCUUCCAACCCCAUCCCCUUCCCAUCAUUUCCCCCCAUCCCCGAUUUCCCCCAUUUCCCCCCAUUCCACAUUCUCCGUGUGGAGGGUGUGGGUGCGGUGGUGUGUGUGCGUGGUGGGAAAUCAAGCUUGCUACUCGGAGCUACUCGGUGUGUAACAAACCUGCAGUACACGGUAGUGACGGGAGACACAUGUGCUCGCACCAUUGCUCUAUACUUCAAGAGCUCAUCACAAUUAUUGGCUCAAUACAACACGGGUUAU